UUAUGCGAAAGAAGAUGUCAAAGCAAAAGAAAAAAAGCAGACGCAAUUAAAACAGGCAGCUGGAUUUUUACAUAAAAAAAUUAACUUCAAUCAUUUUUAAUUUAACAAAUUAAUAAGGUGAAAAGGACUUUUCAGAGUAUUUUAAAAAGCAAAAGAUUUCUUUAUUGUCCGUUUAAAAAUGGACACGAUUAUGAGUUCCGGAGGUUCAAAUGCCUCUGGCGAUAGCAUUGGAGGAGUAAGUAGCAGCAGCAAUGGUGGUAAUGGUAACAGCAAAGCUCAACGUUUUGGUGAUUCUACACAAAAUAACGGCGUUAAUGCUGAGGUCAAAAAAAUUUAUCAACAACUUUAUAUUGUGGUUAAGCAGCUAGAUGAUGAAAAGAAACAAAUUUGCGGUAUAACCCAAUUAUUUCAAAAUGAAUUGGAGCAAAAACGCGCCCAACUUGUACAAUUGUGUAUACAAAUAAUUUUUAAAGAUUUCCAAUCGGUUGGCAAAAAAGCUCGAGAAAUAAUGUGGCGUAAAGGUUAUUAUGAAUUCAUUGCAUAUGUGAAGAAAAACUGGGCAAAAGAAUUGAAAGAUACUGCCCAACAAGGAGCUCAAGAAAAUAUACAAAAACUUGAGAGAUUCUUAUGUGCUGGAAUAUUGAACUACAAAAGAAUAGCAGCAAAAAUGGAGGAGAUUUAUGAUUUAGAUUUAAAGUAUUUAAUCGACUUUUCUAUCAUAAAUGAUGGUUAUUUAAAAGAGAUAAAAGAUAAAGAUCAUCAGGCCAAAGGUGAUAAUUUAGAUGUAGAUGAUAUAAACAAUUAUGCGGUGGACAAAAGUCUGGAGGCGGUAUCAUUCGCUCUAGAUACCAUACAUUCGUCUCUUCUGAGUUUGGGUGAUCUACACCGUUAUUUCUUGGACUUCCGUAUAGAUACAAAACUAAAAAUAAACAAGCAGUUGGCCGCAAAAUAUUAUUUCGAGGCUUUUAAGCUAAACCCUGCAAUUGGCAUGGCUCAGAAUCAAUUGGGCACCUUGUAUUACGGCCAAAAUCAUGAUCUGGACUCAAUAUAUCACUAUCUUUAUUCGCUCGUUAGCCUAAUACCAUUUGAAUUGAGCGAAAACAAUGUUUGUAAGCUGUUCGCUUCACAUGCUGAUUACUUGACAAAGUUGGAUCCGGAUAAAAUUGAAUUUAGUCUACAGGAUUUUUAUGCUCGCUUUUAUUUGAUCGUUGACAUAUUUUUCUUUGACAAGGAGGUGCCUGAUUUUAACUCAUUGUGUCACUGUGUCUUGGUGGAUUUGCGAAAAAUUCUUUGUUCCAAAACUUUUAAAAUCAACGAUUCAUGUAUAUUCAAAAUUGUUUCGAUUCUAUUCUUCUGUCUAUCAAAAUUGAAAAUGAUCAACUCUCAGAAAGUUUAUUCUUUGAAUGCUUUCUUAGUUGCUGUAUGUUCAGACUUGAUGGAUGCAUGCAUUGUUAAUCUCGAACAGACCAUUCUAGCCAAGUCAACAGAAAAUGAAGAGUUUCAUGAAAUGUAUGCAAAGAAGUUUGAAGAAUUUGACAUGGUUGUUAGGAAAUCUCGAAAUGAAUACAAGAAUUGGCUGGCAUCCAUUGGCGAAGCUGAAAGAAAGGAGAAAAAGCUAACACAGUUGUCACAAAAAGAUUUCUCUUCAGAUUCACGCGAGUCGCAAAGGUCUCAUGAGGAUUAUAUUUGCAAAACACAAGAUAGUAACAAGGCCAACAAAGAUGAUAAUAAAAAUGACGGUGAACCGAUUUCUACAAGAUCCUCGGACGAAGCAAAGGAAAGUGAUUUAAAAACACCUCUUUCCUGUAAAAGUAAGAAGAAGGGAAUGAAAUUACGUCGACGUCGUCGUAAAAUUGCUCAGUCUGAUGACAGUUCUUGUUAUGACACCGAAUCUGAUAUGGAUACGGACUUUUCAACUGAUGAUGAAGACUAUACCGACUUGAGCUCUAAUUUCGAUACUGAUUUUAGUGACAUUGAAGCGGCUGAACCAUGCGAACAAGAUCGAGACCAUGAACUCGAACUUAAAGUGGAAAACAAACACAAGCAUAAUAAUUUGCGCAACUCUUCUCGUCAUGGCUCGAAAGAAAGUGUUAAUUCUAAUGUCGGAAGUGUUGGACCGAAUUUCUCUGAUAACGAAGAUAUUGUAAUCGAAGAAGAGAGCAUUAUCUAUCCAGAGGAUCAGGAGAAGCAACUACUGACACAAGCUCCACGCAGUAAUUCGCAAGAAAAUGAUUCGGAGGAACUUUUAAAAAGCUUUGAAAUUCUUCAACUACACACUAAUAAAUCGGUUUUAAAUUUUACCAAUUGCGACAAAGAAGUUUCACAGAAGACCCAACAAUCGAACAUACAAAAGUCAAAUGAGGAGAUCAAAGCACCCAAUGGGGAACCGCCCAAGAAAAUGGUCUAUCGCAAUAAAUACACCAAGAUCAAUCCCAAUAUUAUAGUGGACUUUGCACAAAACGAACCUACCAUCAGGGCUUUGAAAAUUCUUUUCGAUUGGUUACGUAUUAAUCAUGAAAUACUCUUUGGUUGUUAUCACUCCAAUCCUGAAUUCAUUCACAAAAUAAUGAAAUUGUUGAAUUAUUGCAAUAUUGAUAUAUUCACACGCAAGGUUUACUUUGAGCGGGAAUUUCUUGUAACACCCAAUGUUCGCAAAACCCUGGGAGAUCUCUUUGAUGUCCGUGUCAAUGUUCCACUUUCUGAAGAUUUUGUAUUCAAAAGUUUUGAUAUAUUUCAAAGCACCCAAAUUACUCUAGACUGGGAAACUACAAUACGCGAGAAAGUUACUUCGCAGGAGGAGUGCAUUUUGCGUAUAUUCAAAAUGGUAGAUUUCGGUUUCUUUAUAUGCAAACAAAAGAAGUUCAAUUAUCGCUUUUGCGUCAAGGCCAGACGUUUCACCGAAAAUAUUAAAAAGAAACGCGAAGAAAAGAAGUCUUCUUCUAGACGACGUGAGCGACGUACUGCUAAAAAUGCUGCCCGAAAGCGUGCUGAAGGUAGAACUCGUCGUUAUUCCGAUCGUAAGAAUGGCAUUGUCCGCAAGAGUUAUACCAGCAAUGAGGAGAAGGAUACAGUUGAAGAAUGCAAACGUAUGCCGCGCAAAGGUUACUUACGCAAUCGUAAUACCGAAAAAUUCAAUAGCAAUGGUGCAACUGCAGGUGGUGGUACUUCAGCAUCAACUACCACAAAUAGUGCGAUUUGCGAAAAAAUCCAAUCGAGUAGUGGAGCCGAUGAAGAACGCUCAGAGGCCAUGUCCAAGAAAUGUGAAAUAAUGGGCAAGCUGUGGUUGAAAAAUGAAGUGGAAACCUUGGAAGAAGAGUUGCGUAAAAAUCCUUUGAGCAUGAUAAUGACUCCUUUUGUCGUCGUGGAUGCCAAAGCAUUGACAGAAUAUAAUGGUAUUGUUAAAAAUUUGGUUAAAAGCAAAAAAUUCAUCGUACUUAUACCCAAUGCCGUUUUCAAUGAAUUAGAUGACUUGAAGAAACGCAGUGAAAAUGCUCGCAAUGUUAUACGUUGGUUGGAACAAGAAUUUAAACAUGGCAACCGUCAUAUGCGAGCUCAAAGAGAUAAUGAAAACUUGGCUUUGUCUUUAAUCAAAAUACCGAGAAAAUUAGAUCGCGACGCUUCUGUGUUCUUACAAAUUGCACAAUUCUGCAAUCACUUGGUGGCCAAUCACUCGGAUCCAAAUGCCACAGAAUUUCAAUCAAAUGUGGUUACAUAUUUGUCGGGCGAUUAUUUGCAUGAGAAACAACGUAAUCAAAAUAAUUUCAGCUUUACUGGUAUUUUAGAUUCUAUACCAGUUAGACACGAUCAAAUUGCAAAUUUCUAUGCGAAAUUUAAGGCCAAUAAAAAAUGAAUACAUCAACGACGCGGGAUAAAAACCUGCAGGGAAGUAAGCGCCGUCGUCGUCCUAGCUACCGUACUGAGUCGUAUUUACUAUACAACAAAAUGCCAAGAACGUUAAAAUGAGAACAACAACUACAAAAAAACAACGCCAACAAAAAAUUAAAUCAACAAACAACUGCAACCCCAAAAGAAAUCUUAAAAACAAAAUCAAUCAACAUCAAAAAAAAAAAAUACUAAAAUGAUCAGUAAUUGCAACAAACAGCCUUCCAUUACUGAUUUAAUAGUUAAGCCAAUGCGCAUAUCUUAAAAUUCAUUAAGAUUUUAAUGCAAUCUCGAGGAAUCCAACAGAAUAGCAGAAGAAGACCAAAAAAAAUGUUGAUUUUAGCGUUCAUGCAAAAAUGUUGCCAAUCAAAACAAUUUUUAACUAAAAAAAACUUUAAUUUUAACAAUUAAACAACAAUUGGGAUUUAAGGGGAGGUUUGAAAUGUAAUCAAUUUAGUUAUUAUCAUAAAAUUGGUAACGAAACAAAAUUUCAUUUUUGUUAAAGAUAAAAAACCUUGAACCCCAUCAAAUAUUCAAAAAAUGUUAAAAUAGGCUUUACAACUGCAUAGUUGAGAAUGGUAAUUUUACCAAAAGAAAUUCUACAAAAUUACUAGAUGUUAGUAAAGCCUGUUUUGUCAAAAUUUUAAAUGGUAUUUGGAUUAAAAUUACCGAACAAAUUCAUAACAUUGUUUUUUUUCCUCAACAAUUUGAAAACUUAACUAUGUUUGUAAUUGAGAAACAUGUUUUCAACAUAUUCUAUCUGUCCACAAAUGUAUUUGAAUACAUGUCUAAAUUCCAGUUUUCAGUUGUUGAAAUUAAUGGCGUGUUAAUGGUAUAGCUUCAUUGUUUCAAUCUCUUUAUUAUGUAUCUCUAAAACUAUUUGUUUGUUCAUUUAGUUAAUUAUAGGGUUUCUAAACUUAACAACAAGAGGAAAAUGUCUAGAAAAGACACGAUUAUACUGUUGUGCAAUAGAAAAAAUAGAAAAGAAGGAAGUACCAACUAGUUUAUUUUUUAUUUCAUAAACUUUAAAUCCUCCUACCCCUGCUGGUUUACUUCUUUGUGCAACAUUUUGUCGUUUCGACAUUUAGCUUCUUUUACAUUAUAAUAAAUACUUUUAUUUUUCAUUUUCUCUUUAUCAUUUUAACCAAUUUAAACUUUAUUUAAAUGUUACAGUAACAACAAAUUUAAUUUUCCCUUUUAAGCAGAUUUUAUACUAAAAAGUUAGACAAAUUAAUUGAUAAUAAUCACAUCGAUUUAUUAAUUGUUUAUGAUUUUCAUAAUUGGCCAGAGCGUUUUGUCGAAUUUUUUAACUUUUGAGUAUAAAAUCUGCUCAAUUCAAGUUAAGAACUAAAAUGUUCCCCGACUUAAUUCAAUCUUUACAAAUCUGUCUUGAAUUUAUAAUUUUCAAUUCAUUUUAACUACAACAAUAAUUUAAUUAUGGUGACAUACAAAUUAUGCGUUUGUAGUUUUAAUUCUACACAAUUUGGAAUAUUCUGUACAGAUUAAUUUCUACAUCCAGUAAAGCAGGGGUAAUAUGGAUUAUUUAUUAUUUGUUUCAGAUUUAAAUUUCAGCUAUUAAUUUUGUUUAAAUAUGUAUUUGCAUUAAAUUCGUAAAAACAACAAAAAUAAAUACUUAUUUUCAAAUAGUUACAGUUUGUCAUACUUUCAAUUCGCUGAAAUAAAUAACUAAUUAUAUAAAAAUAAUCUCCCAUAAUAAAAUACAACACAUAUAACACCUUUACAUAACUAACACAAUUUCCAUACAAAAAAAUAUACACAAUAAUACUAACAAUAAAUGGGUAAAAAAAAUAAAAAAUAAUUUCAUCGGGUCAUAAUUAUUUUCUCCUCAACAACAUAGGAUUGUGUUUUUUUUUCAAUGAUUAACAUCAAGGCGAAUUAACAAGGUGAGUGCGUCCCGGCAACAAAUACAACAAGGCAAAAACAACAGGCAUUUUGUUUUUGUUCAAAUGUAGACAAUAUGUCAAAAUCAAGGCGAAUUAAAAUAUAAACAAAAUAAAAGCGAAUUAAAAUUUUAGUUUGAAGUCGUUUGUUUUGAUUCGGUACAAUUGGUUCUGCAUUGGGCAGAAGAUAACGAUUGCGGCCCGACCAAGGCGCAUUUAACAAGGUGACAGCAGUGGCGAAUUGAAAUAAAUACAGGCGAAUUCACUUAUUUUUUAUAUAUAGAGUUUGACAUACGGACGUACGGGCGAAUAUUUUUUAUAUAUGUAGUUUGACAUUUGUGCGUGCUAUUUCUAUAAUCAGCUGUGCUGCCGAUGGCACCUUAUUAAAUGCACCUUGGGCCCGACGUUAUAAUUUGCUUGGAUGAAAAAUGGUCAAUGCAAAUCCGUGCAUUUGGUGUGAAUUGCAUUUUACAAAUUUCACCCCAUUUUGACCGCCUCUUCUCAUCCUUGGGAACAUUAAAAAAUGUCCCAUUUCCCCGUUCCACUUUUUUUUACAUAGCCAGCAGCUGCGCAUUUUUUAUUUAAAUUGUUAAAUUGCACUUUUAAAUAUUAAAUUUAUUUAUUUUUACAAAAUUUCACAAAUUAUUUUUUUAUUUUUAAUUUUCACAGCAAUUUUUUAAAUGUUAAAUAUCAGAAAAUAUUUGUUUAUUUUUUUUAAAUUACAAUACUCGCUUGCUUUUUUUAAAAUAAAAAAUGUAAACAUAAACAAAGUUUGACAUAUAGUCUACAUUAAAUUACGGCGAAUUUAGAAUCAGCUGAUUUUAUGCACUCACCUUGUUAAUACGCCUUGAUUAACAUUUAAAUAAUUUUAAAAAAAAUAUAUGUAUAUGUAUUCAUAUUUAAAAAAAAAAUAAUUAUCAAUAAAGCUCGAUGAUAUUAAAAAA